AUGAAAGAGGAGUUCUGGGAACUAGGUUUUUGUACAAAAACGUUUUUCGACCCACAUUUUGCCCCCCAGGGUCAAUGCAAUAGCUACAUCCUACAAUCAAAUCAAUAUAAGAGGUCCUCUGGAUACCAGCUUACUUCUUCAGACACAGCGAUAUCAGACAACUUUCUGACCGAAGGAUGGUACCGCUUCCAGAGUGGAGCUGGAAAUGAUAUUGUUAGAAGUCCUCCCUCGCUAAGUAAAUGUGGUACAAUUUACCCAGUGUGGCUCUUUGGGGAUUUGCCCAGCCAAGCAGAUGGUGUUGUUCGCAGGAAUGCAUGUGUUGUUGAUGUUUUAAGCAACUGUAGGUCAACCAUAUCCAUUCAAAUUGCAAACUGUGGGACCUUUAAUGUGUAUUAUCUGAGGAAGACACCCUCUCCAGUGACCGGUUACUGUUUUGGAGAGGAAGUCAAAUGUCCGGACGGACAAGGAUCAGAGAAUGGUUUCACACCAGGCUGCCAGACACUUCCGUCCAUACCUGUCUUCCCAACUGUAAUCGCAGAUUUAGCGACAGGUCCUGCAAUUCUUCCAGAUCCGUUUGGUCCAUCUGUCUCGAGUUUUUUUGAGUGCUACUUUGAUAGUCCAUCCAUCAGUCCUUGUUACUUCGACAUAGCUUGGUACAUAAAUGGCGAUGCCGUUAGAGGAUUGAAAAAUGUGGAAUACGGAAAUCUUUCUACGACUAGAUUACUACCAGAACACUGGAAUGAUCGAUAUCAUUUCAACAUGGUGGUGAAAUGUUCAGUCAGAGUAAGAGCGACCUCAGGGGGAACUCCAAGCAACGAAGUAUUUAGCAACGAUUACCAGGCUGGCUUAUUUCCCGAGUCUUAUGUGUAUCAUAUCAAUGAAGGCCAGACAAUAUCCAUACCAUUCAGAGUAACGUAUCCUGUAGGCUGUAUAUCUACCACGCAUGAAAAUAAAUCGUGCAUCACGACUGUCUACUUGGUCACACCCAAAUACCAGCCGACACGGGAAACAUGCGAAACUGUUCAGAUAACCGACCCUAUUCUUUUUGAAAAUAACCAAUGCGGGAUUUCCAUCUCCAGUCGCUCGUGGCGCGAGUCGAAAUCACUAACAGUGACGGGGAAUGUCGAUAACCUUAUCAAUGUGGCAGACAGGGACAUCUUCAUAAGACUGGGAAUCUUAGGAGAGAGUGGAGAUCUCUCUGACGCAUGGCACAACACGACAGUCCCGGACAUAAAGAUAUACAUUAGCGAUGUAGAUGGUGCUAUAUCAAACAGAAUAUGUACACUCCAAACAGAUCCCAGAUUUUGGACGUUUGAUAACUAUCAACAUGAUAUCUACAUGGCUGGAGAAUACGUAUUAUAUCUUAAUAAAAAGAGGGAGAUUUCGAUCCACGCCUUAUUCACCUCAUGCAGCGGGGUUGGGGGAAAUCUGGGAGCUGCGUGUAGUUGUGGAAUCGCUGUCAGAGUGGAAGAUUCUCUCUACGUAUAUCGUACGUGUGAUGUUGUAUCCUACCAAUAUGUUAGCCUUCUAGCUCAUCACUCGACGAUAUACGAAGUCUGUGAUGAUAAACACAUGGUCAUUACGAAAGAAUCAAAUUACACACAUAUAGCAUUGCCGACUGGGACGAAGGUGAAAUUCAAUGUAUAUCGUAAUUGGAUUCAGCAUCUGCAUAUCAUUCCCUCUGUUUUCGAUAUUGGUAAUAUGGAAGGAAUAUGUGGAAACGCAAAUGGAAAUGAAAGCGAUGAUUUUGUGUCUCCUGAUGGAAGUACACCAACACGGUUAGAAAGAGAUGAAAUAGACCAAAUCAUCAGCACAUGGAGAAUUGAUCAAACAUCAUCGAAUAGUCUGUUUUCUGCCAAUCCUGCUCUUGUGAAUAAUGGACAUGAUUUGCAGAAGUAUUGCUCUUGUGCAUCUGAGGCCGAGGGAUCAGAAUAUUUAGGACAUAUAGCUGGCCAUAACACUGCUAAUUGUGAUAUAACCACAACGCUCGUUGAUUGUUCCCAACAACAAACUACUUCAUCGUUACUCACCACAUGUAACAGAAUAGACAACAGUGCUAGAAAAAGACGGGAUCUGUCUGAGGAAGGAUACGGCGAGCGUACCAAACGUGUUCGCAGGAGUACCACUGAUUCUGAUGAUGUCAUUGACUUUGUACCUUUGACGUAUGAUUCUUCGUUCGACCCAACGUACAUUCCUCCGGUUCCAACAUGGAGGAAUGGCUGGACUGAAUCUACUGCAAGAGCAGAGUGUGAGACGAGCAUCAACAACGACCCAGUGAAACUGGAGUGUGAGAAAUACAUACAAAUUGAGGAAUUGGUCAAUAAUUCUAUAUCUGCUUGCAUUUUAGAUAUAAGGGAUUCUGCAACUACUGAUUGGAUUGCGGGAACGGUAGAUGCACUGAAAAGUUACUGCUUAACAAUGAUCGCAAAAUACGAAAAGUUCCAUAUCACAAACACCACAAAUGAAAUGUCUGUUGUUCAAAUAUUCAAUUCAGUGACUUGUGUCAACAACUGCAGCAAUCAUGGUUCAUGUACAGUUAAAGGAAAAUGUGCAUGUGACGGUGGUUUUAUUGGAAUUGAUUGUUCUCGCCCUAAAAGCAGUCCCCCAGCAAAUGCAGUUCUUCCCGAAGAGGGGUUGUGUCGGAAGUCAAAGCGACAAUGUGCUAAAACUAACAUUGUUGGGGAUUUCCUUUCGGAUACAACCAUAUACGUUCAAAUUAAGGAAUACAUGAUAUCAAACUCGAAGGGGCAAGUAAGGAACACAUUUAAUACUACCGCCCAAUGGAGAGCACCGAAUCUGAUUACUGUGGUAAUUCCAUCUUCAACAAGGAAAAAACGUUCCACAACAGAACAAUACGGAACUGGAUACGACAUCAGUUUAUCUUACGAUGGCAGCAACUUUGGAGAUGAAUUAUCGCUCGUUGUUUAUGAUGACACAUGUUUUAACUGCAACGCAACAACGAUUAGUUGUACUAUACUGGAAUCGUGCAUUAAUAAUGCGACAAAGACUACCGACUCUGAUGCAACAACAACAAAAGCUACAACGUUAGUAUCGUCAACCCAGAGUUCAACUACAAAAGCGGAUUUACUUCCAGUGAGCUCAACAAGCACCCCCAGUUCUACAUCGUCAUUGUUGCUGUCAUCAUCACCAUCAGUUCCAAGACAUCAUGAAGAAGAAACAAAUGAUGACAAACGAAUUAUAAUUAUUGCAUCUGUCUGUUCAGUAGCGGUGAUAUUGGGCAUUGGUCUAUUCGUAAAAUCCAAACAAAAUCUCCAAAAGAAGCAUUCCUAUGCUGUGCAGAAGACAUUUCAUGACAGACCACUGUCACCCCCUCCCUCAUACCAAGAAUCCUUCAAAACAAAUCGGCUCCACAGCUCAUCCAGUAUCAGAGCCACCUCUGAUGAUUAUAACCCAAAGCCAAACAAUGUUUUCAGUCUUGAAUUACAGAAUCCGGGUUUUAAAACUAUUUUUGAGUGAAUAAGUAAAAGUUCAAUUACAAAUUGAUUAAGAUCCUUGUUUUAGAGUUGCUGUAAUCUUUUACAUUGCAGUAUACUGAAAUGCAAUGAUUUUAUUUCAAUGAAAUUGAAUGCUAACUUUAUUGUAAACUGAUUUAGGAAUAAUGUUUGGAGUGCAUCUGUACAUGUAAGAAGGUAUUGUACAUUUAUAGCAUAAUGUGUUAAAAUUAACAAAUUUAAAAAAGAAUUCUUUUCUAUAACUGCAUAUAUUUAAGAACAACUAAAUACAUAGUCAUUUAGAACAAGAAGACCUAUACCAAAAAGUGUAAUUUUUAUGAUCCCUGGGAUAGAGGUUCUGACCCCAGGGCGGGGUCAAACUUGGUAUAUAGUGUAAAACUUUUAAAUACCAUAUAAGUUUUGAAUUUCUACAAGUUGCAUGAUUGGAAGAGUUAGUGGUUUCCAUGGUAACAAAUACAUUAUCACUCAUUUAAUUUUAGAAACUAAUAUCUUAAAAAUGACUUCAGAUUGUCCCGAAUCUCAGAAACUACACACGAGAUUAAAAUUAGACCUUUUUAGGAUAAUGGUACAUACACGUAUAUUACAUUUGUAGAUGUGCGGAAGAAAUGUUGUUUUAAAAUCUCCAAUGUAUGAGAAUACAGAAUCAUGUGUGAACAUAACAUUAAUAUAAGACAAGUUGGUUUUACUGUUUAAACGGAGCCCGCCCCCGCCAGGAAUACCCUCUCACCUUUUUUAUUUUUUAUCUUCAGUAAUGAUGUAGAAAUAGAUCUUUAGCAGUUUAUAAAUAAAUUACCGUCAAUGAAAAUACACCAUUUGUUAAUUUUACAUGUAAGAAUGUCUGUCAAAUUGAACAAAAUUGUGUUGUCAAAACAAGAACAUACUGUAUUUGCUUUGUUUAGAAGUGGUGUCCUACUAAUUCGUAUAGAAACCGGUCAAGUUACCAGAACUAACCUGCAUCUUCUGUGCUAGUGUGGAUAUUGAGGACGAAAAAUACUUUUUACUUUGUGUUGUAUAUGAAAAUAUUAGACACCAAUAUUUAUAGAUAUUCGAGUAACUGUUAUGUACAUCGAAUAUUCAGAGGACUUGUUCAUAAUUACCAAAUUGAAAUAGCGAAAGUUUUAAUUACGCAUUCUUGUAGAGAAAAAUAUAUUGUCAAUGCGUAUGAUUUGAAAUUAGAAAUAUCAUAUUAACAAAGUGACUUAUUAUAUUGUCAAAGGAUUUUAGUUGGUUUUUUUCAUCGUAUACCAUAUGCCAUAUCGUCGAUAUGAAAAUCUUUUCAUAUGUAAUGUUUCCAAAAUGACUUUAAUUACUGAGAUUUUGUUUCCAAACAAUUUUGGCCGAGUUGCACAACUUGUUCGGCUUAUAGUACGAUGAAUGGCGGGUUGGUUGGCGGGCGUCCCUGUAAUAGGGUACUUACUUCGUGUAGUGAACUCCUCUUACACCUCUGACUUCACAUUCCUCAAACUUUGUACAGUUGUUAUGGACACAUUAAAGAUGUGCAAGUGUCUUUUGAAAGUGAUAAGACAUUUUUCGAAAAAUUUCAUGUAGUUUGAACAUUGUAAUUUCUAAGCAUGUCUUAAAUAGACGGUAUCUAUUUUUGUAAUCAACCUCUCUUAUCAUGGAAACAUUGAAGAUGUGUCAUUUUUUAAAGCAUGGUACCUACUUGGUGUUACCAACUCCUCUCACAGCAUUUACUUGACAUUUUUCAGACCAUGUACAUUAUAGUUGUUAUAAAAACAUUGAUGAUAUACAUGUGACAUUUUAAAAGUGCUUCUGGGUUUUUUCUUCUAAUUCUACAUUUAAUAUGUCAUUUUUCCAGUAUGUUUUGUACUGCUGCCUCUAUGAUAGAUUACCUAUUUUAAAUCAAUCCGGUCAUUUCUGUUCUUGAAUCGAUUUUUUCAUCAAAGAAUUUUUAUCAUUGAUAUUUUCCAUUCAUGUAUUAUUUUGCUAUUCAUAGAUUUAGUCCUGCAUGUUGCAAAUUCAUUUAAUUCGUGGAACAUAUAAAAACAUUUAGGAUUACUUUUUAGUUAAGAUCCCAGCUGAUUUGAAUACAUUAAUAGCACAAUUUAAAAAGGCUUAUCAAAGAUUAGGUCUUCUAAACAAGUUUAAAUUUAUCUUUUGCAGAAAUACACUCUAAAUGUACAUUGCUCUUCUAUUGUUUGAUUUGGGUGUCCAUUACAAUAUGGAUUUCCCAUUACAUCAAGAGAGUCACUAUAUCUAGAGACAGGUCUGGACCUUCUUCCAGAAAGGCAUAAUGUGGGAAAACUAAACACCAUGUUUAAAGUACAUAACGAUUUAGUUCCUGAUUAUCUCAAGGUACGUAGCUCAUUACACCAAAAUUUUAUUUAAUGGUUUAUUAAAACAUUUCUUUUGAAGUAUGAUUUCACCAUUGAAAGAGUAAUACAACUUCUCAAUGAUUUUAUAUGAAUCUUUUGUGAUUUUUCCCGGAAUGAUAAAAAAUGUGUUUUGUUUGCAAAUAAGAGAUUAUAGAGUCCAACUUUCGCUGUAAUUUGGUGCGUGAUAUGAAUAUCUAAUAAAACAUAGAUAUAAACAUUUUUUAAAAAUUUAGAAAAAAAAUGUUUAUAAAAAUUAGAAAGGUUUAUUUGUUAAUAUUUUGGUUUCAAUCUACAGAUAAAAUCUUCAAAAAUCAUGUCGGUUAGAAAAGAGAUAUAUCGAAGAAAUAUGUUUUAAAAAGAAAUUGAAUCGAAAUGACAAAUUUAGAUAUAUGUCACUAUAUUCAAACGAGAGAAAAUAGUACCGCUUCCGAUCAAAAUUGAUAGAAAUUACUAAAAUAAUCAUAUUUUUGCUAAUCAUAUGCACUUUUCAUCAAGAAAUUGGUUUCCUUUAUAAAUUCAUUCAAUUUGUAAACCAUUUUACAUCAAGGGACUGUAGAUUUUUUUAUUGCAAUGUUCUCUAUGACUUUUUCAUAAUUCCGAUCGGGCUCGGUUCAAAUUUGAAAAAUCGUAAUAUUUCUGAAUCUUGACCAUUUCAUUUUAAUUUCUAUUUAGAAUAUAUUUUUCUGAUGUUAUCUUUUUUAUAAUUGACAUGCUUUUUGAAGAUUUUAUCCGUAGUUUUAAAAAAUAUUAACAAAUAACAUUUUCAAUUUUCAUAAAUAUUUUUAAUAAAAAAAUUAGAAAGUCUAUCUGAGUCAUUCAAGCAUUUUUUCUUAGAUAUCCAUACAUAUGUAUUAUUCAUCAAAUCACAACAAAAUGUGGACUCUAUAGAGUAUCUUACUUGCAAACAAAGCACCUUUUUUAUCAUUCCGGGAUAAAUCACAAAAAUUUCAUAUAAAAUACUUGAGACCUUGUAUCACUCUUCAUAUGAGGUGUUUUAACGAGCCAUUAGAUAAAAUUUUAGUGUAAUGAGCUACCUUAAAAACGUAUUUCCUUCAGAAGAGAAUCAAGUUAACAGGGAGGAUUGCUCUUCCUAAAUGUAGAUUUUCAAGAAUUUUUUUUAUUCCAUUCAUAGUAAACCAAUGGAACAAUGUCUACAUAUCAACCAGAAACAACCCAUCUUUCAGUAUCUUCAAAAACAGUAUUGAAAAAAUCCAUUCUAAACCUCCAUCUUAUUAGGAAACUAAACAUUUUCCACACUUAUAUGAUCUAUUUCGAAGAAAUAUAGUUAGAAGUCCCAUUUGCUCCUGUGGUUUACCAGAGGACUCUUUCUUAUCAUGCCAGAAGCGAAUUAUUCAUAAGUAUUUUUAAUUUUACUCGAAUAACUAUUAUUGGUUGUUAUUUACUGGGGAGACGAAGCAUAACAUGUUGAUAUUGAAUAAUUCAUUGUUGCUUCUUUUGUACAAAAUUCAUUCGGGAUUCUGUUUGGUAGAUUUAGUGAUAUUACUACUUAAAUUCUUGUUUGAUUCAAUCAAUAUAUUUGUUUACCAUGUAUAAUGCAUAAUAUAAUGUGAUUUAGCGUGCUUGUUUUCCAUUAUAACUACUAUAUUGACAGAUGUAUUUAAGAUGAAAACCAUGUAAGUUGAUUGAUCUUCUCUGUUUAAACCUGUUGUAUAUUUAUGCAAUAAAACAUAUUCAAAUCUG